AUCCAAACGACCCAGGACAUCUGAUUCUUCUCAGCCAUCUGCUCCAAACCGUCCUUUGACUCUAGAGCCAACAUCCAAGAUCAUUCGCACCUACCCGUCUUCGUCUGCACCAGGCUCAAGCUCAACCACAAUGAACCGCCCUCUCCUCUGCACGCUUCCUCCAACAUGCAAUCCACCCCACCACAACGCCACUCAAAUCGCAGAUUCGAAAGAGCUGGAGAUGCAUUAUGCAAAAUACCAUGCUCACGUCUGCGAACAGCGCGGGUGCGGAUACGUCUUUCCAGACGCGCGAUUACUCGAGCUGCACCAGACUGAAUGUCACGAUCCAUUAGCUGCGGUACGCAAGGAACGAGGAGAGAAAAUCGUAGGCAGUUUAGCUAUUAUGUGUGUGUGGACUCGAUGACUUAUGUGUCGAUCCCAUCACGCUGU